AUGACUGUUAGCUCCUCCCUCUUCCUGUUUUGGCUCGCUGGCCUUUGCCCACUGCCCUCCCCGCUCCCCACAUGCAUAUCUGUGCUGGUGGGUGUAAAAAUAGCUGGGCAGGGAGGCGGUAGUGGUGGUGGGGGGUGGGUUUGGAUGAUGUUUGUCAAUGGCAGGCGAGUGGGAACCGAAGCAGCCUGGGUUAGCUCUGACAGCAUCAUGGGCAAUGUUGCGAUGUGUAAGGUGUGCGGCUCGGACAAGGGCCUGAAAGCAGUCACCAGUCAGACCGACCUGGACCAGAAUGCAUUGCAAGAGUACUACUGCGAGGAGCAUUAUCCCCCCGUUAUACUGUCUGACAGUAACACCAGCUUCCUGCGUGCGGCCAGAGCGGGCAACAUUGACAAAGUUUUGGAAUUCCUCAAAGGCGGAGUGGACAUCGGCACAUGCAACCAGAAUGGACUCAACGCUCUGCACCUGGCGGCCAAAGAAGGUCACAUGGAUCUGGUGCAGGAGCUGCUGGAGCGAGGAGCCAGCGUGGACUCGGCCACUAAGAAAGGGAACACAGCCCUCCACAUAGCUUCUCUGGCCGGUCAGGCUGAAGUGGUGAAGACCCUGGUCAAACGAGGCGCCGAUAUCAACUCACAAUCACAGAAUGGCUUCACGCCGCUGUACAUGGCCGCUCAGGAGAACCAUCUGGACGUGGUGCGGUACCUGCUGGAGAACGGAGGCAACCAGAGCACUUCCACAGAGGACGGCUUCACUCCCCUGGCCAUCGCCUUGCAGCAGGGCCAUAACCAGGUGGUGUCUGUUUUACUGGAGAACGACACAAAGGGGAAAGUGCGCCUCCCCGCUCUGCACAUCGCCGCACGCAAGGACGACACCAAAUCCGCCGCGCUGCUUCUCCAGAACGACCACAACGCAGACGUCCAGUCCAAGAGUGGAUUUACCCCGCUGCACAUCGCUGCGCACUACGGAAAUGUGAAUGUAGCCACACUUUUGCUGAACAGAGGAGCUGCAGUGGACUUCACAGCACGGAACGGCAUCACUCCUCUUCAUGUGGCGUCUAAACGAGGGAACACUAACAUGGUGCGCCUCCUGCUGGACCGCGGCUCUCAGAUCGAUGCUAAAACCAGGGACGGUCUGACGCCUCUUCACUGCGCGGCUCGGAGCGGACACGACGCCUCCGUGGAGCUGCUGCUGGAGAGAGGAGCUCCACUGCUCGCCAGGACCAAGAAUGGCCUGUCCCCGCUGCACAUGGCGGCUCAGGGCGACCACGUGGAGUGCGUCAAACAUCUGCUGCAGCACAAGGCGCCGGUUGAUGAUGUCACGCUGGACUAUCUGACCGCUCUGCAUGUGGCCGCGCACUGUGGCCACUACCGGGUCACCAAACUACUGCUGGACAAGAGAGCCAAUCCCAAUGCACGCGCUCUGAAUGGGUUCACUCCACUGCACAUCGCCUGCAAGAAGAACAGAGUGAAGGUGAUGGAGCUGCUGGUCAAAUAUGGAGCGUCCAUUCAAGCCAUUACAGAGUCUGGUCUCACCCCGAUCCAUGUGGCAGCCUUCAUGGGCCAUCUCAACAUCGUCCUGCUGUUGCUGCAGAAUGGAGCCUCCCCGGAUGUUAGCAACAUUCGUGGAGAGACAGCUCUGCACAUGGCAGCAAGAGCAGGUCAAGUCGAGGUGGUCCGAUGUCUGCUGAGGAACGGAGCAAUGGUGGACGCUCGAGCGCGGGAGUACCAGACCCCCUUACAUAUCGCAUCACGUCUGGGUAAAACAGAGAUAGUUCAGCUCCUGCUUCAGCACAUGGCUCACCCUGACGCCGCCACCACCAACGGCUACACACCUCUGCACAUCUCAGCGCGCGAGGGGCAGGUGGAGACCGCCUCCGUGCUGCUGGAGGCCGGGGCGUCCCACUCACUGGCCACGAAGAAAGGGUUCACUCCUCUUCAUGUGGCAGCCAAGUACGGAAGCCUGGAUGUGGCCAAACUUUUGCUGCAGCGUCGUGCCUCACCGGACUCAGCUGGAAAGAAUGGUCUCACCCCGCUCCAUGUUGCAGCUCACUAUGAUAACCAAAAGGUGGCGCUCUUGCUGCUGGAUAAGAGCGCAUCACCCCACACCAUGGCCAAGAACGGCUACACCCCUCUGCACAUCGCGGCCAAGAAGAACCAGAUGGAGAUCGCCACGGUGCUGCUGGACUACGGAGCGGACACCAACAUCCUGACCAAGCAGGGGGUGACUCCGCUGCACCUGGCCUCUCAAGAGGGGAACGCAGAGAUGGCCGCUCUGCUGCUGAGCAAAGGGGCGCAGGUCAACACCCCCACCAAGAGUGGCCUCACCUGUCUGCACCUCGCGGCUCAGGAAGACAAAGUAUCUGUGGCCGAGAUCCUGGCGCGACACGGAGCAACGCUGGACCAACAAACCAAAUUGGGCUACACGCCACUCAUUGUAGCUUGUCACUAUGGUAACGCCAAGAUGGUGAACUUCCUCUUAAAGAAUGAGGCCAGUGUGAACGCCAAAACAAAGAAUGGAUACACCCCUCUUCACCAAGCCGCCCAGCAAGGAAACACCCACAUCAUCAACGUCCUGCUGCAGUACGGAGCCAAGCCCAACGCCAUCACGGUGAAUGGCAACACGGCUUUGGGAAUCGCCCGGAGACUGGGCUACAUCUCUGUGGUCGACACACUCAGGGUCAUCACAGAGGAGAUUAUCACCACUACUACGACGGUGACAGAAAAGCAUAAACUCAAUGUACCAGAGACCAUGACUGAGGUUUUGGAUGUGUCGGAUGAAGAGGAACUAAGGUCCAUUGAUGAUGAUGUCUUAUCAGACCUGGAGACGCUGGAAGGAGACGACACCAUGACUGGAGACGGAGGGGAGUACCUGAGAGCGGAGGACCUCAGGGAGCUGGGGGACGACUCUCUGCCGGGACAGUAUCUGGAAGGGAUGAACUACCUGCGCUUCAGCCUGGAGGGCGGCCGCACUGACAGUUCGGACCGGUCCUUCACCCCCACCCACCACAACUACUACUCCCCCAAACACGAAGGGCUGAUGGAGGAGUUGCUCAACAACCAGCAGAUCUCCUCCCUGACCAGAGAGAACGACAGAGAGAACUACAGGCUGAGCUGGGGCACAGAGAACUUGGACAACGUGGCCCUGUCCUCCAGCCCCAUUCACUCUGGUCGCUCUUCUCCGUGUCAUCAUGGAGACCACAGCAGUUUCUUGGUGAGCUUCAUGGUGGAUGCAAGGGGAGGAGCCAUGCGCGGCUGUCGGCACAACGGCCUCCGCAUCAUCGUCCCCCCAAAGAAGUGCAGCGCUCCCACUCGCAUCACCUGCCGCCUGGUGAAGAGGCACCGGCUGGCCUCCAUGCCCCCCAUGGUGGAGGGCGAGGGGCUGGCCAGCAGGAUCAUCGAGGUGGGGCCCUCCGGAGCACAGUUCCUCGGUAAACUGCACCUCCCCAAUGCGCCCCCUCCCCUAAACGAGGGGGAGAGCCUGGUGAGCCGAAUCCUGCAGCUCGGUCCGCCGGGCUCCAAAUUCCUGGGUCCUGUGAUUGUGGAGAUCCCUCACUUUGCGGCGCUCAGAGGGAAAGAGCGAGAGCUGGUGAUCCUCCGCAGCGAGACCGGAGAGAGCUGGAAGGAGCAUCAGUGUGAGCACACGCAGGAGGAGCUCAACCAGGUCCUCAACGGCAUGGACGAAGACCUGGACCCACCGGAGGAGCUGGAGAGGAAGCGCAUCUGCCGCAUCAUCACCAGAGACUUCCCGCAGUACUUCGCUGUGGUGUCCAGGGUGAAGCAGGACAGUAACCUGAUCGGUCCAGAAGGGGGAGUCCUGAGCAGCACCGUGGUCUCACAAGUUCAGGCUGUGUUUCCUGAAGGAGCCUUGACCAAGAGGAUCAGAGUCGGCCUGCAGUCUCACCCGGUGCCUCUGGACGUGGUGAGGAGGAUCCUGGGAAACAAGGCCACGUUCAGCCCCAUCGUCACCCUGGAACCCCGCAGGAGGAAGUUCCACAAACCCAUCACCAUGACGCUGCCGGUCCCCAAGACCAACGCAGACCCCAUCCUCAACGGCUUUGGGGGAGACACGCCCACACUGCGGCUGCUCUGUAGUAUCACCGGUGGGACGACGCCUGCUCAGUGGGAGGACAUCACAGGAACCACGCCAUUAACGUUCAUCAACGACUCUGUGUCCUUCACCACCAACGUCUCCGCCAGAUUCUGGCUCAUAGACUGUCGGCAGGUGCAGGAGUCGGUCAACUUCUCCACUCAGGUGUACAGGGAGAUCAUCUGUGUCCCGUACAUGGCCAAGUUUGUCAUUUUUGCCAAGACCCACGACCCGAUCGAGGCCCGGCUGCGCUGCUUCUGUAUGACCGACGACAAGAUCGAUAAAACUCUGGAGAACCAGGAGAACUUCACGGAGGUGGCCCGCAGCCGGGACGUAGAGGUCCUGGAGGGCAAACCUAUCUAUGCAGAAUGUUUCGGUAACCUCGUCCCUCUCACCAAAAGUGGCCAGCAUCAUCUUUUCAGCUUUUUUGCCUUCAAGGAGAACAGACUCGCUCUUUUUAUCAAAAUACGGGACAACACUCAGGAGCCAUGUGGACGCCUAUCAUUUUUGAAAGAACCCAGGAAUUAUAGAUCGCUCACACAAAACGCCAUAUGUAACCUUAAUAUUACCCUCCCCUCGUACAGUAAGAAUGGCAGAACGCAGGAGAAAUUAGAUCCACAGGAUGAAGCAGAGAGGCAAGAGCACAGGCUGGCCAUAAUUGCUGAUCAUCUGGGCUUUAGUUGGACUGAGUUGGCACGCGCACUGAGCUUCAGUGAAGACAGGAUAAAUCUAAUCAGGGCAGAAUACCCAAACUCAUUGCAAGAUCAAAGCCACGCCCUUUUAAGACUUUGGGCAGAGCAGGAAGGAAGCCAAACACCUGAAACUACAUUAAUCAAAAGACUUACUUCAAUUAACCGUAUGGACAUAGUUCAUCUCAUUGAAACCAAGAUAAUGAAAUCCACUCAGGAUGAAACAUCAUCACAAACCUAUGCAGAAAUAGAACAAACCAUAUCCCUCGAUCACAGUGAAGGUUUCUCUGCUCUUCAUGAGGAUAUUGACAGUCCAAGGCCAGCUGGUCAUCACUCCCAGAAACAACAGGGCGAACUGAAACAGACCUUAUUAGAAGUGUGCAAAAGGGAAGAGUACAAAAAGAGAUGGACAGUUCAUCCCAAGAAAUAUAUGAAGAAGUUGGAGACCCAUCAUUCCACACAGGAAAUUUGA